AUGUAUGUGUUGCAGGUCACAGUGUUCACCUUGCUGAGCGCCCUGAGUGUCAUGCUGAGCCUCGCAGGGUCAAUCCUGUCCUGCCAGAAUGGGCAGCUAGUGAAAUCCUUCAACUCCUGUAAGAAGGAGAACAACUGGUGCAUCUGCUGCCACCCCGCCAUCCAGCCGGAGGCGCCAUCUGACUGUGGGGAACUGGAGAAACUCACCCUGUACCCCAACCACCAAUGUGACAGCAUCCGCACCGCACUGAAGGUGACUUACCAUCUCUCUGGCAUGCUACUGUCCCUGGUGGGAGGAGUGGGGCAGGUAGAAUACAAGGUGGAGGCUGGAUGUGUAUUGAAAGUAAGUGCAGGUAAGUGGUAG